GUAGCAAAAUGGCGACUGUCAUUCACAACCCCCUGAAAGCGCUCGGGGACCAGUUCUACAAGGAGGCCAUUGAGCACUGCCGGAGUUAUAACUCGCGCCUGUGCGCAGAGCGCAGCGUGCGUCUCCCGUUCCUGGACUCGCAGACCGGGGUGGCCCAGAACAACUGCUACAUCUGGAUGGAGAAGAGGCACCGAGGCCCAGGCCUCGCCCCGGGCCAGCUGUACACAUACCCUGCCCGCUGCUGGCGUAAGAAGAGACGAUUGCACCCACCUGAGGAUCCGAAGCUGCGGCUGCUGGAAAUAAAACCUGAAGUGGAGCUGCCUCUGAAGAAAGAUGGGUUCACCUCAGAAAGCACCACUUUGGAAGCCUUGCUCCGUGGAGAGGGGAUCGAGAAGAAGCUGGACACCAGGGAGGAGGAAAACAUCCAGGAAAUACAGAGGGUUUUGGAAAAUGAUGAAAAUGUAGAAGAAGGAAAUGAAGAAGAGGAUUUAGAAGAAGAUAUUCCCAAGCGGAAGAAUCGGACCAGAGGACGGGCCCGUGGCUCUACAGGUGGCAGGAGGAAGCACGACGCCGCCUCUCAGGAAGACCACGACAAACCUUACGUCUGUGACAUCUGCGGCAAGCGCUAUAAAAACCGGCCGGGACUCAGCUACCACUACGCUCACACUCACCUGGCCAGCGAGGAGGGGGAUGAGGCCCAAGACCAGGAGACCCGGUCCCCACCCAACCACAGAAACGAGAACCACAGACCCCAGAAAGGACCGGAUGGGACAGUCAUUCCCAAUAACUACUGUGACUUCUGCUUGGGGGGUUCUAACAUGAACAAGAAGAGUGGGAGGCCGGAAGAGCUGGUAUCCUGUGCAGACUGUGGACGCUCUGCUCAUUUGGGAGGAGAAGGCAGGAAGGAGAAGGAGGCAGCGGCCGCAGCACGCACCACGGAGGACUUAUUCGGUUCCACGUCAGAAAGUGACACCUCAACUUUCCACGGCUUUGAUGAGGACGAUUUGGAAGAGCCUCGCUCCUGCCGAGGACGCCGCAGUGGCCGGGGUUCGCCCACAGCAGAUAAAAAGGGCAGUUGCUAAACGCACGGAAUGGACUUUCUGGGCAAUUAGCCAUCACCCUGUGACUUUGGUCAUUGCUCUGGUUCUGAUAUAUAUAUUUUUUUAAUGAAAGACAAUUUAGGUUUUCCCUUCAUCCUUGCUUUUUCCUCUCACUUUCCACAUGUCCCUCCCCCCUCCUUCCCUUUAUUUAGGGUACAUACAGCAGAAGCACAGACUACUGAAACGAAACAGAACAAAAGAAAGAAUAACAGUCCUUCAGAGAGAUGGCAUCGUGAUGUACUGUUUAUUUUCCAUAGAAAUGGGAAGUUAGGCGGAUUAUCUCGUUUUUGGGGGGGAGGGGAUCUUUUUGACAUGAGCAGAGUUGAUUUCCUCAGUUUUCCUAUUUAUUGGCAAAACGAAGAAAGGAGGAACAUUGGGUUUGGAAACAAAGAAACAAUAACGUUAAAAAAUGAUUUUUUAUAUCUUCUAGCUAUUAUUAGAAGCAGGCCUUUUUUUUUUUUUUUUUUGAGACAGAGAGAGAAGGGAAAUCAAAGAAAUUGAAGUAAUAUCCUGUUUAGAAGAAAGCCUGUAUGGGGGAGGAUUUCCUUGACGGGAGAGGAUGGCACUUUGUACCCCACGGAGCUGGUGGCUCCCCACGGCAGACCCCCUUCCCACUUCUCCUCCCCCGACCUUUCCAUCUUCCUCCCUGCUCGCGAGAACAUGCCAGCAGUUCCUGAGAAGCCGGGCAGCCUGUUUGUGGCCCCCGUCCAGCUCCUGGACCCUGACCUGCAGCGCCUGUGGGAUCCUCCUUCUCCAUCAGCAGAGCUGCUGUUUUGUUGUUGCUGGGUUUUUCCUCACUUUCCUCCCGGUGAAGAGCCAUUUCCAAACACAGGAAUGGAGUAUAAGCAGAAAGUCGUGGACUCAACAGUGACCAAACCACCCGAGGCCGCGCUCAUGGAAGAAAGGACAUUACUUCACAGUAGAUUUCCCUCUCCCCUCACCCCUGUUUAAAAACGUAUAAAUACCCAUUGGAUGAUCAAGUCUCCCAUACUUCUUCUAUUUUUUAUAGUGCCCUCCAGGCACUUUGUUUUAUGUUUCCAGUAGCACCUCCUGAAAUAAACCAAAGCAACACUUGCUCAAGGCCCCUGGGGUGAUGAAGACCGUCUACCUUGUUGGCCAGCCAGUCCCAAGGAUGAACAGCUGUGCGGUCCUAGUCAAAAGGUAUGUCCUGGCUGACGUGUCUUACAAUAAGGGAAAACCAUCAUAGUUGUUUUAAGUUUAUUCCUUCUUUCUUUUUUUCCUUUCCCCCGCUCCUAACUUGUCUUUUGUUUUUCUGGGUUCAGACCCCCUUAUUCGUGUGGGAGUGGCCACUGGAACAUCUUCUACCCAGCCAUCUGCUGUCUGUGUGUGCAUGCAUACCUAUGUGGGCCCGGGCCUAGGUGUGGGAUCUGAGGCUUGCUUGGGCUCUGUGAGGCUCUGUGUGGAGAAUGGUGGACUUCUGGCUUCAACUGCAAGAGAAAACGGCUGGGGAGUGCUUGGCUAACUCUGCCUUCCUUGGCCAUACCUGGAAGCAAAGUCCAGGGAACUGAGGUUGGAGUUGGCUGCUGUUCUUGGGUAGAAAUUGAGGGGACUGCAUAUCUAGGGUGGAGUUCCUUGCUCCAGUUACCAAUUCAACAGCCAGGGGGAUGCAUCCAAAUUAAGGAAGAUCUCUGAUUAGGCACAACAUUCAGCCUAGUUGAUUUGAAGAUUCUAAGCUCCCACUAAGUGUGGUCAGGGUCUCUGGCCUUCCUGAGAGCGUAGGUCCAGAGAUGUAGGCACUGCCCUUUGGCUUGGGUUGGGAGAUCCAAGAGGCCACCCAGGCAACAGGCUGUAAGUGUCUGGGAAGAUCUGCUUUGACAAUCCAGCCUUUGCAGAACCUCACGAAUUAGACCUCUCAUUAAAAUAACAAACCAACCCAACAGAAGAAAGGACCAAGCAAAGAAACCCACAAAUGGACUCCUUGUGCUUCCCUGGUAGCCUGAGACAGACAGGGCUUCCACUUUUCUCCUGCUUGAAAUGUGUAAGUGCUCUCCUGGGCUUUUGUGCUCAGUUGUGAGAGAAUGAAAGUGACCACGUCACCCACUUUGGGGAUGUUCUACCUAAUCUGUAUGUGGCCCUGUUCCUAGGAAAUAUGGCAUAAACCUCCAACAUUGUAAUAUUCCUACAUGCUCACGUGUGUGAAAAAGCCAGCGUAGUUGGUUCCAUUUGGUUUCUGCUUAGGGGAUACAACCUGCUCUUGCUGUCACCCUCCACCUCUUUACUUCUUCUGUUCUGUUACUUUGACUCAGACAUUGGAUUCACAGCAUUAUGACUUGCUCUCACUGGUAAAAUGUGAGCUUCUACAUUAAUAAAAAUAUGUCCAACCAAUCUAUACUGUCAUUUGUAAUCUUGUAUUGGGUUCGCCAAAACGUUCU